CCGUAGUCCCAGCACAUAUACACAGCCCUCAUGAUCUAUGGGCGACACCUCAUCCACAGCCCCCACAAGAAGCUCCAAGGGUAUAGCCAUAUUGCGUUCUCAGGCGCCCCUCUGCUAUAUAUAUAUAUCAUGCAGCCGGUCUAGUUCUUGUACCGUCUGCUUACCUAGGCACUUCAAACCGGAGAGCGUUUCUGAUAUGACGAAUUGGGGAGUUGGCCCAGUCAGGAGUCCCUCAGCAUUUAGACAGCAACUUAAAGUCUGUCGGUGUUCGCUGCCUUUUGAACCAGCAGACUACGCUGUUGUCCGAGCUUGGAAUUGGUCAAUGUUUCACGAUCACACGCUGUCAUUGGAGAACCGAAGGCUUGGAUAUAUUGUAUCUGGUUGCGCAUGUAUACCAUCUCGAUUAUCCUGGCGGUUCUGGGGAUGUGUCUGUCCGUGUAUUGGCACCCAAUCCGAGGUCCGACGGAGUUUUUGUAGGUGCUUUUUGCAGGGAAACAGAGAAAUUAGCCAUCAGCUUGGUAGGAUGCUACUCUCUAUUCACUCGUCCAAACGCGAGUGCCUCUCCAGGACUGCAAGUCCGCAUCGUCCACGCACGGAGCUAUAUGUCCAAUAAACAGAAUCCCUCAGAGUUGCAUGCCAUUCAACCAAGUAGCUUGUGGCUCCGGCGGCCCAGAACAUGACAUUCUAAGAGACCGCCAUCGGCGUCAAAACCUUUUUGUUGGCUUGAGGAUGGAGUGCACAUUUAGUUUAGUUGAAAGAUGGAUUAUGUAGUGAAGAAUGGCAGCACAAUCCUAGUGGAACGAUGAUUGGAAGUAGUCUGUGUUAGCAGUAAACAUCAUGGAACGGGGAGUGGUCAUGAAGGCAUGGUGAAUACUUCAGUGGCCUGAUCAUCGGUUACGUGUGUUGCAGGCGCAGCGUGAGGUGCCAAAUUGCAUGGUGUUGCGCAACUCUUACCAAAU